GAUUUAUUGUAUAUUUUUCAGUAUUCUUUUAUAUCUAUUUCUAUAAACAUCUUUUAAGUUAACAAAAUUAAUAGUUUUAAAAUGUUGAAAAUCAAUACUGAGUUAUGUAAAAGAGGGUAAUAAAAUAUAGUUAAAGCGUUUCUCACAAAAGUUAGUAGUAAAAUCAAUUUCAUAACAAAUAUAAGUCGCGAUUGGUAUCACGUACUCUGUUAGCCAUUAGUUAAGUGGUAACAACUGUGAAACGUCUUUGUGGAAGAACACUGACCAAAAUCAUAACAAAGUCAAGUGUGAUUUGUAACUUGAGAUAUGUCGACAUUAGACGGUGCCGCGGUGCCAGCUCUUGGUCUUAUAGGGAAGCUGGCGCAAUCAUUUGGUGUAAAUGAAGCCGCGCUCCGCUUGUUGCUCUCAAUUUUUGGAGGGUAUGGAAUUGCUAUUCUAUAUCGCAAACAUGUCGUAGGUCAACCCAAUAAACAACUGCAUCACCUUUAUUUCGUCAUCUGCGGUUUGCUGAUAUGCCUAUUUAAUUUUGGCUUUGACACAUAUCAUUCACUAAUUGCAAUCACCACAACUUAUCUACUGGCGCGUUUACUUCGUGGCUGCCCACGUGAAUUUAAAAUUUUAAACUUUGUUUUUCAUAUGUCAUAUCUGCUUGUUGGCUACCAUUUUACGGAAAGUGAUGAAUAUGACAUACUAUGGACUAUGCCGCACUGUGUGCUGGUGUUGCGUUUAAUCGGCUUUGGUUUUGAUUUAGCAGAUGGGCUGAAAGAGCAAGACAAACUUUCUAAAGAACAAAAGGAGUGUGCGCUUGCAGAGCUCCCUUCACCACUCGAAUUAUUUGCAUUCGCUUAUUUGCCAUGUUCUUUUCUAAUUGGACCACAAUUUCCAUAUCGGCGUUAUAAGCGUUUCAUCGAAGGUGAAUUCAAGCAGCACGAUGGCAACUUGGAGGCAGGUCUCAAGCGUAUGUCAGUUGGAUUUGUUUACUUAAUUGUUAGCCAAAUUGGAGCUGUAUAUUUCCCGAACACCUAUAUUCUAUCUGAUGAAUAUGCGAAGGUGUCAUACUUCUGGCGUUUAGCCUAUUUGGGCGUAUGGGCGAAAGUUGCAAUUUACAAGUAUGUUGCAUGCUGGCUAUUGACGGAGGGUGCGCUCAUAAUUCUGGGCAUAUCUUAUGCGGGCAAGCAGGAAAAUGGCACACACGAUUGGUCUGGUUGCUCUAAUGUUAAUCUGAUCAUAUUGGAGACAGGCUACACAAUGCAGCAUUACGUACACUCUUUCAAUAUAAAUACCAAUCAAUGGCUCGGUCAAUACGUUUAUAAGCGACUUAAGUUCCUUAACAAUCGUACGAUUAGUUAUGCAGCGGCUUUGGGUUUCUUGGCUGUGUGGCAUGGCUUUCACAGUGGCUACUACAUGGCUUUCUUUAAUGAAUACAUGACCGUAACGGUAGAGAAACAAUUUGCCAGCGUCUGGGCGAAAACUAAUAUUGACAUGUACGCUGACAUUGUUAGUCCUCCAUUUGUUUAUCCUGCACUUAAGUACUUUAUACAAAAACUUUACGAUCUCUUCGUCAUUGGUUGGUGUAUGACACCCUUCAUAUUGCUUAGUUAUUCUCGUUGGAUGAAGGCAUAUAGCGCCGUCAAUUAUUUCGUGUUGAUUGGUGUAUUGGUUUGGACAAUAUUCUAUCAAACUUACAAGUAUUAUGUACGUGCCGCAAAACGCCGCGAACAAGAUUCAACCUUCGGACGUGCAACAACACUUUCGCCAACUAUUAACGAUGGCGCACAUGACAAACGAGAUUAGUAAAGGUGCUUAACAAUAAUUAGGCAUUUUCAAGUCAACCGUUGAUUAAUAGUAAAUUGUAAAAAAUAUUUAGCUACUAAUAUUUUAAGAGCACUGAUGUAUUAGCUGUGCAAGUAAAAAGGCUGUUAAAAAGUGAAAUUUGCUAAAGACAUAUUUUUUAUAAACGUUUAAGAGUUUGUCGCACCCAAAUUGUUUAUCGUGUAUCAAAGAAUAAUAAAGAAAACAAAAAAAUAGCUGUUUGGUGCUACAGUUUGAAGUUGUAAAGCAGUCAUAGCUAAUUUUUCACUUUCGUAGUCAUAAUUAUCAUUUGAUAAAGUUUUAUAUUUUUACAUUGAGAGUACUUUAGUAAUUUUGCAGCAACAUAACCUACAUCCUACUAGUCAGUAGUUAAUUUUAAUUUAUGUCAAGCUCAGGCACACUUUGUUGUAUAUAUCGUGUUGUAAAUAGCAAAAAAUUUUCAUAUGUAAAAUAUAUUUCUUGCUGUAAAGCUAUUGAAGUACAUAUGUAUUUGAAGUACGUAUAACGGUGUCCGUUAUGUUCCAAGUUUAUUUUAUUUUUUGCAAGUGAUUUCUUCGUUGCUCAUACGACAUGGUGUACCAUAUGAAAAUAUGAAAUAUCAUUUGUAUACACUGUAGUUUGUUAGUUGUAGGUUUAUUGUUUUUGAGAUAAUAGUAAAUACUAAAAAUCACAUAAAAAAUGUAAAAGAAAAGUGAAAUAAUUUGGGCACGACCUUGCCUUAGGGCAAGAACUGAAGCUUCAGAGGGUCUUUGCAAAACAAAAAUCAACUUUGAACAUAUCGCACACAAAUACAUAUGAGCAAAUGCGUUAUAUAAAAAAAGCGCCGAAUAACUAUGCAAUUAUCCUGCAUAGAGGCC